AUGUUUAGCAAACUUAGCAACAAUAGACACACUGUGGAGCUUUUAGAUACACCAGUAGCGCCCACGCUAAUACCCAGUGGCGAAAUAUCGUUCGAACAUAAAGAACACACAAUUGUGAUCGAACCGUCUGAAGCGCCGAAAAUUAGUCCCUAUUUUGUUCCAGAUCAAAACAUUACUGCAAAAGACAUGGAUGCGGAAAUCAAUUUCAAUACACCAUUCCUCUACAUGGUUGUUAGCAAUUCACCAGACGGAAAUCGGUUCGUUGUAAGCAUUGGAAGAUUUACAAAUAUACAGGAGACAAAUCGACAGCAACCGCUUGCAAGCCUCAAUUUUGCACAGCGUCGACCUUCCGACAUUAAUAACAACACUCCAAGUCCGGGUGCAAAUGUGGGAAUACCAACAGGCAGUCAGUGUUUGCCACAAGGAGGGCCAAGCUGUACUGGUGACGCAAGAGGCAAAUGA